AUGGCUUCCCGGUGGAGGACGUGGGAUCAGGAUUUCUUCAUUGAUGUGCAUGCCUCAAAAAAGCCGGAAGAAACAGAACUUAUUCCAGCUUUAGGACAUGGAAGAGGCAAACCACCGAAAGAUAUUGGUUCUAUCGCCCUUCCUAGAGCGGCUUUGGGAAUAACAAAAGAAAAAAAGACCUCUCAUGCGAGUGCUCCAGGCCGAGGUAGAGCUUCUAUGAUGAAAGCACGUGCUUUGACUGAUUCACCGCCUUUUAGAAGGCCGGGAGAGAGAUCCGAGAAGAUGCCUAUCAGCAUUUUAAACGUAAAGAAUCUAGUUUUUAUUAGCUUAUACUUCCAAGUUAAACGUUUUCGAUUUUCUUGAAUUGAGCUCUAAGUUGGGCCAGGCACCAUAUGCGCGCAUGUAGGGGAACCCCGGGGGGUACUUUAGGAAUUUCUGGGUGGGGAUGUGCCGCUGGGACCCUGGAACCCUUAGCCUAUACCAGAGCUAGUUCAGCUGAAUUUUGCUACCCUAUACUAGAGUAAACUCCUCAAAUCCCCCCUAUCCUAGAGUAGCUGUUUCCAGAAACUUACUGAGGUCACUACCACAGUUGUCCAGCCAAAACAAAACUUAUACCACAAUUCCUAGUCUAGAUAAAAUCUUCAACCAACUGAUCAGUUUCCUGAUAAAUGAUACCCUAUUCUAGACCCAAACGCUCUGAUUUAUAUACCCUUUCCUAGAGUAAGCUGCUUGAAACCAUACCCUUCACAGCGGCACAUACCUAUAUAGCCCAUGUAUGGCAGUAUCCCCCUCCCGGGAAGGGAACUGUAAAACAUACAACCAAACAAUUAAGUCUUGUUAGUAGUUGUAUUAUUUUGUUCUGUCGUUGCCCCUUGUUUUGCUUAAUUUAUUAUAAUUCCUACUCUUACAGCUGUCUAACAACAACAACAUUAACUGAUCUGGUUAGAAUAAUUAUUCUAGAGUGCUCAACUUUUCAUGUGUGUGUUCUAAAAAUGUACCUAAAAUUUUAACAAACAAAAAAAAUAUACUGUGUAAGUGUGGCAAAUGGUUUGAUAGAUUCUGAGACAGUGGUUUUAGCGAAAAAGAUUUGGAGUCAGGCAGAAAAUACACCGACCUAGGACUUUGCAAUUUACCAUAAAAGCUGCCAAGAUUUUAAGCAAUGACUUACUUUAUAAAAACAAUUCUGAGUUUCUAUUGUAUCUAGAAAUAGGGAAUAAUGCAAUAGUUGAAACAGAUUUAUAAUGCUCUACCAAUGACCCAGUAUUUGUUAUACAUGUAGCAAACCCUUUGCUGCCAUUUUAUACCAUUUUUUUACUCAUGCUAUUUUGUUUUGCUUUUCUGUUUAUUCAUAUUCAUUUCUUUCCCAGCUUUUGAACUUUGUAUUAUUAUUUAACAAUAAUUAUUGAGUGAGGCUGAGUAUCAUCUGAAUAAUUACAGCCUCAUCAGAUAACACCUUCCUGUUGAAACUAGUGAAAUAUUCCUCCAUUUUUGUACUCACCACCAAAACAGCUCAACCUCGUCUCCAGGUCUUCUCAGUUAAUGGUUCAAUAAUCUGCAACUUUGCUGUAUAGCAUAUGAUUUCUAUGAAAAAACUAAGAUUUUCUAGUCGCCCAAGUUCAAAAGUAACGUACCAGGGGCCACCGGGCUCUGCUAGAGCACACUAGGUCCGAUAAAUAUAAAAAAUUGUAAAUUAUUUUUUAAACUUAAUAAAUUGUUGUUGUUGUUGAGUAUUCUUGAAGAUUAGCCACAUAGGACUUAGAUAACUAAAAUUUUGUUUUUUUUUUCUAAUAGCAAAGGGAGGCUUUUCCUCCACUGGCAGCAAGUAACCCUGUCUCUUCUUCACCAAAGUGGGUAAAAGAGUCUCAGUCCAGAUCAAACAAAGGCACCACAAAGCCAGUCACAAGAUCAACAAGAAAUAGUAGAUCUGACACAAAUUCUGUGGGGAUAAAGGUGAGUAAAAAAACAGCAUUGACUUAGAUGACGGCUUGCAAGUCUUCGCAGCUGGCUAGCAAGACUAAUCAUUUUAUAAAAUAACAUGAAUAUUUUACAUGAAUAAGUUGACUGCUCAAAUAAUUGAGUGCUUAGUAAACUUGCAUUUUAUAAGAACAUAGACAGCUGUGAAAGGUUAUAAUGUCACUCUGCAAUAAGGGACUUGAUGUGGUUGCUUAAGUAAAGGCUAUAAAUGAAAAAAGUAACAUAAUUUGGAAUAGCUGGGAAAAAUGAUUACUCACUUUCGGGGAAUGUUUCAUUUUAUUUACAUUUUUUCACCCCAAGAAAACCACUCAUUAACACUGCGAACUGGACCCUCAACAGCACUCUUAACAAGUGAGACACCACUGUGGAGACAGAUAUAGAUGUGACGUAUGACAAAUGGUGAUUCAAUGCAAGUCAUCACCAUAUGCAAGCUGACUUCUUUAAUUUGCAUUAAAAUGAUCACUAAUAGAGUUUCAGUAAGGUGCCUGAAUGCCCUGUGAGAGUGGCCAGUGAGCAUGGGAGGUAACCAUAACAACCCUGUAAGUAUGCAACCACCAGGCAUGGUCACAAAACUUUUUUUGGUGUUAAAGUUAGUGACUUACCAGUAAUUCCCUACAUGGAGUGCAUGGACUGGAAAAAAUGGCUAUUUCCUCAACAGGGGAAAGCGAAAAGCUUGCUGAGGGCUAACCUGAGAUGAGGCUCUAUUUUUGUUUUUCUUUGUAAAUAACAUUCCGGCAGGCAAGGCAAAACAAAAAGUGUGACCACUUAAUAGAGAAUGUAUAAGAACUGCUAAAAUUGGGCCUGAUCCCAAGUUAGCUGAAGCCCUAUGAAAGCCCCUAGACGAAUCCUUAAAAUUUAGAGAAUGAGACCAAUGGCCAGCAUUGUCUUGAGUUGUAACAUCGCCUAAAUUGCAUUUUACUCCCACUCAACUUGCAUCUUACCUCGACCUGGUUCAUUGUUUAAACAGAAUGUGAUAGAAAUAACUUAACGUUACUUAUCUCUCAAAUUUAUUUUAGGGAGAUGUUUUGUCCUCAACAGAUGGCGGUGAUGUUAUAAUUAUUGAGAAUUUUCCUACCUCAAUCACAGAAAAGGUUUGUUUAAUAAAUACAGGUAAUACAGUUCUAACAAAGACAGUUCAAUCAUCAAAAGCUGAGCCUAAAGCCGUCGGUCUAAACUGCAGGUCUUUUUCCACAGGUCAGAGUUCAGGUAUACAAGUAAAUAAGCAGCAUUAAAAGUGUCUCCCAGCCCUAAUCUGUUGAGAAAAUGUUCUUUUAGAUCAACGGGAAUCUGUGUGGUUUUUGUAACUUAUCAAUGGAGCAGUGACUUCUACUUUUGACCUGUGGAAUGUGACCUGUACCUCAGACCUGCCUAUUAGAAGCAAUUUGGAAGCAAAAUUCAAACUAUUUCACAGUGCACCACAGUGUGGCACAGAACUUAUCCAAUAUGUGACUCUCCAAUUUCGAGAUCGGUGUAGGGCGGCUUUGCUCCAUUACAAACGUUGCACUGAAAACGCUAUUUUUAUGUGUGAACAGUGGCCUAUCUGGUAUGAUUUUCAUGUUGGCAUAGAGUGGUUUUCGUUUGAGUGUCGUAAAACCAAAACCAAAGUAAUUAUUACUCUGGCCAAUCACAUAGGACAUAGACAAUACAUUGAACCAAUCAAAACUCGAAGUAAUUACAUGUGGCUGACGUAAAGCGCGGGAAAAUGCAUGCGAGCGCGUCACAAUUGGCUUUGGUUUUACUUCUGAUUGGAUGAAAAGGUGGCGUGAAUCUUUUAAGCCAAUCGCAUCGUGUAGAAAGUGCAAAACCAAUUACUUUUCGAUACUCAAAUGAAAACCGCUCUAAGAGCUAUGCGGUAUUACAACAGUCAUCCCAAGCGUAAUUGCAGACCACGCUUAUGCAAAAUUCUGGGAGGCAAACAAGGUGUACUAUGGGAGUUUUGCAAAUGACAAAUAAAAAAAUAAGAGGCUACUCAGGGUCUAUCUCAGUCUAAUCGAAUAGAGCGUUUUCAAUAACGUGGCCAGCAUCUAUGCAAAUCUAUUGGAACAAAAGAAAGUGUUAACACUUGACAAGAGCAGAGUUCAACUCUUACAUGAUUGGCUUGCUAAACUUGCUAGACUUGCUACACCAACAUGGCCACCGUUUCAUAGUUUUGAAACACUAAUAUAGCUUUUUCUCUUUUUGCCACUUGCCCAUACCUUAAAGUGACUCAUUGACAGUAUGUCCUGUUAUUAAACUUUUUCCUUUAAGGACCUUGUUGAUCUGUUCAAGCCCUAUGGUGAGGUAUUAGCAUGUGUCAUUGAAAGAGACAGCAAUGGAGUCAGCCUAGGAACAUCUCUUAUCAGGUUUGCUUCAUUCAGAUUAAUGUCGCCUUUAUUAGGAUGUCUUCAGCAGUAUGAAUAUAGAGGCAUUAAGAUUUACUGGUUCCGGUGCACAGGUGGGGAUUAAUAACCUAGAUCCGUAGACGUAGUCACGUGUAAGAAGCCUGCCUCUUACCCCGGACUGAAAAACGGUUGCCUAGGCUACCGGGUAGAGUUGUAAACCUACAAACGAUAGAACGUUUUUGCCUGCGCGUUACAGUGGUACCCCGCCAUAAGACCAUCCCACUGAUACUGUCAACUCUUUAUUACGACUACUUUAAUCUGGCCAGAGAAAAAACGUUAGUCCAGACGCAGCGGAGUGUUUUGAAACGUGGCGGGAGAGGGGGGGAGGGGGGGAGGGGUUUCUUUGUACGCUCAGCCAAAUGUUCUUUGUGAUGUUCGUUGCCUAAGCAAACCUCUUUGCUAUCUUAAUUGUAACCAUUGUGUCUGUAAUCAAUUUGUGACAGUGGAUAAGUAGGCAGCCGUUCAGACAAUCUGGCUUCGUAGUGCUUCUUAGGUAGUUUGUGAGUCGUCAGAGGCCAGGAAAUGUACUCAAUUUUCAUAUUCCGUGGACCACUCCUAUAGUAGUGUUUUGUAACAGAAAUUUUAUUGAAAAAUGAGCUAGCGAUAGGGAGGUGGGGGGCUGAGCCCCCACAAACUUUCUUUUGCAGGGGGCUGUACCUCCCCCCUGUUCUGCCGCCUGCAGUCAUUGGCCGUUUUUAGGCCAUAGACAUUAAACUCAUGUAGACUUUAACGUCUCAAGCAUUAAAACGGCCAUUUUCUUACUCUACAACCUUCUAAAUACUAUCACUCCGUUAUUACGACCAACAACCACUUUUUAGAGUCCCCAGUAUUCAUUUUCGCCACACUCGUUAAUACGACCAGUCAAAUACCUGUUACAGGUAAGUGAAGUAAUUAACAAGAAAAACAGUGAAGUUUUUUACUGAAGUAGUCUUACGUGCCUGAGCGAGUGUCUAAGUAAAGUGAGUCAUAUCAUGACCGUUGAUAGUCACAAUAAAAUUAUAUUUCCAAUCAUGUUUCUUGACAGUACCCCGCUAAUACGACCAAGUCACUUUCAUGGCCCAAACAGGUCCUAUUAAUAGGCUUCUAAAUCCAAAUUUGCGAAAACAUGAUCCCCUAUAAUAUAAACAUAUAGGAAAUCGGUUCCCCUACAUACGUACAAAUACAACACAAAACAAUGCUGUACAAUACUGAACAACAAGUUAAUUAAUGUUUCCUAGCUUAGAUUUUGUUUAUAAUUUACAAAAGACACGAAACGAAACAACCAGUUACAGUAACAAAUCAACUAAGAAACUACCGUUGAAGUAUCUAAAAUUGAAUCAAAAUUGAAUUGAAUCUGUCUUCGCCCAAAUCCCAGAGUUAUGUCACCACAGCCAGGCUGUUCAAAGGAUUAGUUCGAAAAUGGAAUUCAGACAUGUCAGUUGAUUCGAUACUCUAAAAGAACCGAGAAAUUAUCCGAGAAAACGCUUUUGAACAAAAGAAAAAGAAACCCGCAGUAAAAUUUAACCCCGGGUUAGCGCUAAUCGGUCUUUGAACAACCGAGCCCAGAGAUCUAAAUGUAUGUGGGUUCAAGUUCAAGUUCAUUUAUUCACUCUUAUUCAAUUACAAUACAACAACAAUAAGAAAAAAAAGGAGUAAAAACAGAGCUUACUAUACAUUGAAUUAAACAUAACAAAGGAAAAAGUGUAUAGCAGCCAAAGGAGCCAAGCUUUCGAGUUGGCUACUACCACAGAGUGGUUAAAAGUGGGUGGAGGUUAUAAAAACAUGGAAAAGGAACAGGCGUGCAAAGUAACGCGACUGCAUAGCCGUGCGUGCAGGACAACAGCUUGGAAUUUAUUUCCGGCGAGAUAACUAUUUGGGCGACUUGACCGUAAAGCGUCUCCUAUAUGGUAUUAAUGUACCUGUCCAUUCUUUAGAACAAGUUCUUAUUUUCAGUAAUUGGAAGAGAAGGUCACUGAAGUGAAACUGAUCAUCUUAAAAAAGAGAACCUCUCACUAUGCGCUCGGUCAUUAUUUUUAAGAUGGCCUCUGAAGUUCAUGCAUUAUUCUGUAUGUAGAUAGAGUUUUAAUUGAACCAAGCGACCAAGUUUUUAGUGUGGUGAAGGCUAUCUAAAUAUUUUAUCGUGUCUUUUUUUACUGUCUAAUUUAGAAUGGAAAACAGAACUGCGUGUGAGUGGAUAAUUAACACUUUCUCCGGCGAGGAGUACCCUGGUAAGUCCAUUCUAAUCUCGUACCCCUCCCUACUCAGAAUACAAGCUAUCGUUCUUUUAUUCUCGGAGCAGUAAGCCCAAGAGCUAUUGUAUGAUUUGCGCUACUUGCGGACAUAUGUGAAAAAAGAAUGAUCAACUUUACAGAAUAAGUUUGCGCAGAAAGACAGUAAUUUUGAACAUUGAAUAAGUCAAUUUUUAUUGCCAUCACAAUCAAGCGUUACUUAUGCAAAUACUCCUUAAAAAAUGACCGCUUUGAAAUCGGUCGGUUUUUUUCUGCCCCACAAUCUUAGUGGACUCUCUUUGAAGUAUACCAAUGCAUAUUUUGGAAAUCUCUCGCUGACUGGCUCUUUAUUUUAGGAGCAAGUGAACCCAUGGUGUGCCGAUUUCUUGUAGAAGACGAAGAACAUUCAUGA